AUGCUUCUUUAUGAGCUAGGGUCACCUCCAACACGGCUGGUUCUUGGACGGUCUGCUUCCUUUACCCCAGCCACCGGUGGAGUCUCGAGCAUUCCUCCCCUCUACUGUCUUUUGACCUUUCCAUUCCUCUUUUCCUGCUGGUGUCUUCUACUGAUCUUCUCUGGCCCGGCGGGUUUCCAUGCCUUCAACGGCCAGGGAGAUGUGGAUCUUGCUAGCAUUUUCCCACCCUACAUCCUAUCCGACUCGUCGACCUCCUUCUUUUGUACUACCUGCGCCUUCCUACCCUCGCCCCCCGUGCUUCAUCUUUAA